UAGCCGAGGCCCGGAAGCGGACGGAGGCGGCUCCGGUCCCCUCGUCUGCCUGCCAUGGAUGAGGCAGAUCGGCAGCUCCUGCGGCGGUGCCGGGUGCGGCUGGUCAGCGAGCUGCAGGUGGCCGCGCUCUGGGAUGCUCUACUGAGCCGCGGUCUCUUCACGCUCGCCAUGAUCGAGGACAUUCAGCAUGCAGGAUGUGGGUCUCGGAGUGACCAGGCCAGGCAGCUGAUCAUAGAUCUAGAGACUCGAGGGAGCCAGGCCCUUCCUUUGUUCAUCUCCUGCUUAGAGGACACAGGCCAGGAUAUGCUGGCUUCAUUACUAAGAACGAGUGGACAAGCAGAGAAGCAGGGUCCAGAAGCCAUCAGACCCCUGGACCUCAGGCCUGGGGUGCCCAGACCAAUGGGCACUGAACGAGAGGAGCUGACAGUGAAGCAGGAGCCAGCAAAGCCAACCCCAGGUGCACUUGCUACAGUGGUGCUACGGCCUGAGGAGCUCUGGCCAGCCAAGCCCAGGCCAACGGUUGUCAGACCAGAGGUGCCCAGGCCAGUGGACUGUGGUUCUGGCGUUUUCAGUGAUGUCUGUGGUCAGCUUUCAAGGGAAAACGUCGAUUUGUCAUACGUCCUGAAUGUGGACCCCUGUGGCCUCUGCCUCAUUAUCAACAAUGUGAACUUCAGCCUCAAUUCGGGGCUCAGCCCGCGCACUGGCUCCAAUAUCGACUGUGAGAAGUUGCAACGAUGCUUCAGUUCCCUACAUUUCAUGGUGGAGGUGGAGUAUGACCUAACCGCCCAGCAAAUGGUCCAGGCUUUUGUGGAGCUGGCGCGGCAGGACCACAGCACCCUGGACUGCUGCGUGGUGGUCAUCCUCUCUCAUGGCUGUGAGGCCAGCCACCGCCAGCUCCCAGGGGCCGUUUAUGGCACAGAUGGAUGUUCUGUGUCCAUUGAGAAAAUCGUGAAGAUCUUCAAUGGAGCCCACUGCCCCAGCUUGGGAGGGAAGCCCAAGCUCUUUUUCAUCCAGGCCUGCGGCGGAGAGCAGAAAGACCCUGGAUUUGAGGUGGCCUCCACUUCCUCUGAAGACAGGACCCCUGGUGAGGACACUGAGUCAGACUCUGUCCCGUUCCCAGAAGGGCCGGGCACCUCCGACGAGCCAGACGCCAGGUCCAGUUUGCCCACACCCAGCGACAUCCUUGUGUCCUACUCUACCUUCCCAGGUUUUGUCUCCUGGAGGGAGACCAAGAGAGGCUCCUGGUACAUCGAGACCCUGGUCAGCGUCCUAGAGCAGUGGGCUCACUCUGAAGACCUCCAGACCCUCCUGCUCAGGGUGGCUAAUGCUGUUUCGCAGAAAAGGAUUUACAAACAGAUGCCUGGUUGUUUUAAUUUCCUCCGGAAAAAACUUUUCUUUAAAACAUAAUGUGGCCGGGACUCCUCAUCCUGUCUUCGCUUUCACUCCAAAACCUUCCUGCUCCAGGCUGGUGGCGGCUGAGGCCUGAACUCCCUUAUGCUGUGGCUGUCAGGCUUUGAAGGGCUUUGUGGCCUGUAGAGGAUCUUCCCUCUCCCCGUGGGUAGCAGACAGGCUCUUAGCAGCUUCCAACCUGGAGACAAAGGACCAGCGAUGGAAGAAGAGGAGCAGAAGAAUGUCAUGGAGACCAUGUGACUCUCUACCAGUGGCCUGGACCCUACUAGUGGCUGUGGUCUCUGACCCCUGUGUUUUCUCUAGAGCAGGGCUUCUCAACCUUGGCACUAUUGACAUUAGGGGCCAGACAGUCCUUUGUUGUCCUGUGCACUGUGGAAUGUUUAGCUGUGUCCCCAGCCUCCAUUCCACAGAUGCAGGUGGCACCUCUCCCUGAGUCGUGACAGCCCGAAAGGUCUUCAGACAUUGCCAGAUAGCCCCUGAAACUUGAGCCCUACUUGAGAAGCACCGAUCUGUAGAAACUGUUGGCUUGAAACAAACCAACAUUAGAUCAUCAAGUUUUGGGAUACUAGAGUCUGAACAGGUAAAAAAUCUGUGAAUCUGAAGUGAAAUUAGAAAAAAUUGUCAAUUUUUCUUAUAUGGCAGUAUUCUUUAAAAAAAAAAAUCUUUGGUGAAUACAGACUCUCUUUUGCCUAUUUCUUGCCUCAUUUUGCUCCAACUCUUUGUUCUUUCUUAUAAAAAAGACUUGUGCCUUUUGGGAAACAUUUCCUCAUCUCUUACUUCAUUCGAUCCCCAUCCUAUCCCAGGAAGGUGACCGGGCAGGAUGCCCUGAGCUCGGAGGUUAAGUCACUUGUCUAGGGGAACACCACUGACCAGUGAAGACACCUGGCUGGGCCCAGGUCUUCCUGAGUCCAGCCGGUGCCUCCAGGUGCCUUCCUGGCUGAAGGACCUCAGGGCAGCCAUGCUGUGACAGUGAGAUGCUGGGCUUCCCCGGAGAAGGCCCCAUCCCCAAGGUCUCCUAAGCUGUCCUCACCCCGGUCUAUUUCUUGCUUUUAGGGCUCUGGCUGUGAGGAUGGUUUACUAAGAAGACUUUCACCAAGGUGUGAUUCAUGUAGUUGUCACUCUAUUAUUCUCCUUCUGUGACCUUUCCAAGUCUGAGACAGUACCCCCGGGACUUCUGAUGGUUAUUUGCAAUCACCUGCAGGACACACACAAGAAAAUAAUCAGGUUACCCGAGCAGAGCUGUGCUUGGUAGUGUCCCAGCUUUCUCCUUUCAGGGCUGGGCUGCUCCUGUGAGUCAGGUGGCCCCUGCCUGAGGCGCUAAAAUGACAUUCAGGAGAAAAAGAUGUCAUCACAGUUUUUCACUGCCGUGUUGGGGGCUUCCUGCAAAGAGAGGUCUUAGCCUGGAGUCCUGUUUGGGCCUGUGAACUCCUAAAAAUUAUAAGUUGAAUGGGUGGAUGGGCAGGUCUUAAAAUUUCAUUUAUUUCUCCAAGGGAUUGAGAGCCCUGGAAGUGUUAACAACCACCGCUAUUUGCAGAGUACCAUUGUGUGCUGUUUUCAGAAGCUGUUUAGCAAUAUCUGUUAAACAUUUUAAUACACCAGCUCCACGAUCCAGGGUGCUGCUGGAGCUCAUAGCACAAAUACUCAGACCAGUGUAGGAGAAAGUAUGUCUGCGGAUGUUCAUCGCAACAAUGUGAGAGCGGAAGACAGGACACAGAUGAAAGCCUCAUGCCUUAUACUCAUGCUAUGGAAUAUUAUUUAGCUGUUUAAAAGGCUAGAUAUAUGAAGUGACACAUAAAAUGUGAUAAUGAUGUUAAGGGAAAAGAUUAAGCUGCAAAAUAGUUUGAAGAGUAAAAUCCUACUUUUGGCUUAGAGACUAUAUAUGCACAGAUACAGAUAUUUUAUAGAUGCCUAUAAAGUCCAGAAGACCACACCCCAAACUGUUAAUGAUUAUCUUUGGGGGGUGGCACUGGAGAUGUAAAAUGAGGGGGACUUCACGGUUUUACUUGAUACACUCUUGUAUUCUUUGAAUAUUUUUACCAAGGGUAUGUAUUGUCUGCUAAAAUAAAAGUAAAAAUAAAACUGGUGGAUGCUGAAGAUUCA